AUGACCGAAACCAUGCCGACCCCACCAGAUUCGACCAAGAAUGAACAGGCUGAAAAUCAAGACGUGAAGCUUGCUCAGGAGUCCACUGAGAACCAGAACGUAACUCAACAAGCUAAUACAUCACAAACUACACAAAAGACACAGAAGUCAAGACACAGAGCUUCGGUAGCCUGUGCCUCAUGUAGAGAUCGAAGGAUUCGGUGUGUUGUGCCUGCAGGAGAAAAGGAAUGCACACAGUGCAAGCGAUCUGGCGUAGAAUGUGUCAUCAAGAACGACGAUGAGCGACGGAGGCCCAUCUCACGAGCGUAUAUGUGCUCCCUCACAGACCGUGUAGCUCUCCUAGAAGGGAUGUUGAAAGAACGAGGCACCGAACCUCCACCAGCAGACCACCCGCCGAAGACCCGACACGGCGCACCAAGAACGGACGAAGCAUCACCUUCGCGGAAAGGCGCUGAAGGCCAAAACCAACAGCACGACAACUCGAGCCCUGGAAGCCAGCAAAGCCCGCAAGAAGAUUUCAUCGAUGUAGACCAAGAACAGGCAAGCCCGCGCGAAGUGGAAAGCGCUGGCUCGCCAUCAAUGCUUCCACCUCCGAAACGAGAUGGCAUGGUGAGCAGGCUCCUAUCUACAAGAGGGCACUUGAGUUUCGACCAGCUUAGCGGACGACUGCGAUAUUUCGGCCCCACUACGAAUUGCCAUGUGCAUUCUGAACUUGGAAAUUCGUUAGACAAUGUGCAAGAAUAUAGCGAGCAAGCCCGGCGUGCGGAGAAGGUCAUUCGCUCUCUACCUAUGGAGACUUACGACUAUCUUAUGGACCUUUUCUGGCAAUGCUACAAUCCAGUAAUCCACGUUUUGCACCAAGAAGCCUUCAAUGAAGAUCGCGAGGCGGGACGCACGCAGUUCUACUCGGGAUUCCUUCACAUUUGCGUUCUCGCUAUGGGAUUCAAAUUCGCAGACAAGCAGCGGCUAGAUAUUCAAAGAAUCAUGCUCCCGCAGUUCGAAAGUACGCUCCACCGCGAAGCAAAGUACAUGCUUGACCAGGAAUUGGAGCGGCCAGGUGGAAUUCCGUCGGUUGUUGCAUUGUUGCUGCUUGGCGAUCUUGAAUGCGGAGUUGGUCGUGAUAACCUGGGAUGGCUUUAUGGAGGUCUUGCCGUUCGACUUGCAUUCGACAUUGGCCUACACCUCGAUACACGUCUUUCCGGUCUUCCUGUACGCGAAGUAGAGAUCAGACAGAUGACUUUGUGGGCUUGCGUGAUCUACGAUAAGUAUUGGGCACUUUUCCUCGGUCGACCUACAAGCAUGAAGAGUGCAGAUCUCGAAGUCUAUUCUCUAUCCAAGCAGUUCGAGCGUCUCGGUACUUGCCGACCUGCAGGGCCUGAAAAGAGCAUGGAAACCCAGAUCUACGAAGCACUACUCGAUCUGAUGGAGCUCGCUGGCAAAAUCACGGAGAACAUGGACCCUCGGUCACAGAUACCAGAGUCCGUCGUCGACCGCAACCAAUAUCUACGGAUGGCAGCACUGGACCGCGAAUUCAGCAAUUGGUAUGCAAGGCUUCCAGAGCAGCUCCGCUGGACACCUCAGAACAUCGCGACCGCGCCCUUUAGCUUCUUCUUGCUACAUCAACAGUACCACUCGAGCUUGAUCUUGUUACACCGACCAUUCGCUAUGUAUGAGGAUCAUAACUCGCAAGGUUACGAAGGCACUGGCCCAGAUGAUCAUUUCAGUGCAUUGAGCCGAACUGUAUGCACAAAGCAUGCCAUCAGGGUGGCACGGAUAUUCUGGCAGCAUCGUCAGCGAUUCGACACCAGGCAGAUCUUUGUCACUGGUCUUCAGCAUGCAGGCACAGCAGCAACCGCUCUCGUGGCAGCUCUCGCCUUCAUCAAAGACCCAUCCGACCGCGCCAACAACAUGCAGUAUCUCGAAUGUCUUUCCGCUGCCCUCAACGACAUGGCCCACACCUACCAACCCGCCGAGCGCAUGUCCGUGGUCCUCCGCGCCGUCAUGGUCGAACUUCGAGGCGACGUCCCCGAACCCAACGCCACCUCAUUCAAACUCUACAAACCCAAAUCCGCCAUCGUCCCCGCCCGCCGCGGCAGCACAAACGAAACAUCCGACAUCCCCAUGUUCAAGCGCCGCCAGACCAGCCGACCACGUGCCGGCACCACCGGGAGCAAGAAGCGCAGCAUGAGCACCGCGAGCGUCAGUAUCGCCGACAUGGGCGGUCUCCCCUUGAAAGCACCAGCGGCCGGCCCGACACGCUUCGAUGCGGAGAGCGAUCGUGGAGACGGCUACAUAAUGGUGACGCCGCGGUCUGAAAUCUCAUCCUGGCCGAACCUCGACAACGCAGCAUCUUCACUUGACCCGGCGCUCACCACCGCCACGCCAUCCACAUUAUCGACUUCCGCGGGCACAAGGAAUGCGUGGAUGGGUGCAGAACUGGAUCCCUCGGACUCGAUAUCCCAGCUCGCGAACGUGCAUUUCCCCGAGAUACCUGCGCUCAGUGAAGCAAAUGGGGGAGAUAACAUGAGUCAUUUGGAUUUCAUGAAUCUCGGCGACGCGAGUAUCGACUGGGCGAGGGAGUGGCAGAGCAGUGGGAACGGUGGCUUGGGUAGCAAUUCCGGGUCGGGGGAUGGGAUGGGCGUGGGUAGUGAUCUUGAUGGGUUUCCACCGCAGGGCAGCUUCAGCGGUAUGGGGUUUGGGAGUAGUAGUGGUACGGGUGAAAGGUAUGGUGGGAUCAUGUCUGGUUGAGAUUUUAUGAGCGAGUAAGAAGAUGAUUAAUAUAAGAGUUAUGGGAUAUAUGGCUGGGAUACAUUGGGUGGAUUUAUGUUGAGUUUGCGAUAAUUUAGCGGAA